AUGGACAACCUGCGUGAGACCUUCCUUGGCCUCGAAGAGGGCCUGGGCCCCUCCGACAGCCCCGGCCUGCUGGCAUCCUGGGACUGGAACGACAGUGCAGGGCCCUUUGAGUUGAACGAGUCCUCCCCCACGCAGAGCCUGUCUCCGGCUCCGUCGCUGGAGUCCUACGCUUCUUCCCCCCGUCCAGCCGCGCCUGGGCUGCCCUGCGGGCACGGAGGAGCCGACGAUGGGGGCAGCGGUGGCCGAGGAACCGGUGGCCUGGUGGAGGUGGACUACAACAUGUUAGCCUUCCAGCCUGCCUAUCUACAGGGCGCUGGCGGCCCCAAGCCCCAGAAGGGCGCCAAGGUCAGGAUGUCGGUGCAGCGGAGACGCAAGGCCAGCGAGAGGGAGAAGCUCCGCAUGAGGACCUUGGCCGAUGCGCUGCACACCCUCCGGAAUUACUUGCCGCCUGUGUACAGCCAGCGGGGCCAGCCGCUCACCAAGAUCCAGACGCUGAAGUACACCAUCAAGUACAUCGGAGAGCUCACGGACCUCCUCAACAGCGGGAGAGAGCCUCGGCCCCAGAGCACUUGA